CUUUCCAUGUUGGACAUGUUGUCUCCUCUGGUUUCUGUCUUCUUCUUUGUAGCCUUCAGCUGUCUCGUUGACGCCUCUCCAACGGUAUCUCUGCCUCUAGAGAUCUCGGCCACGUCUUCGGCAUCCCCGACGUCCCCGGCACCCCCAGCGUCCCCUGUGUCCCCGGCCUGUCCGUCCUGCUCCCUGUCCCAGACGGGAAGGAACUCGUCCUCGGGGGGGGGGCAGGGCGACAUGGUGGAGGCCGUGAAACGUCACAUUCUUACCAUGCUUAACCUGAGCAGCCGUCCCAACCUGACGCAGCUCGUCCCCCGUGCCGCGGUGCUCAACGCCAUCCAGACGCUGCACGUGGGCCGCGUGGCCAAGGACGGCAGCGUGGAGCUCCAGGAGGACGGCUGGGGGGGCCACGGGGCCGCCACGCCCCCCCAGCCCACGUCUGAGGUCAUCACCUUCGCUGAGCCAGGAGUGUUCCCGGACGGCGUGACCUUCGACCUGUCCCAGGACGGCGGCGCCACGGCGCGGGUGGAGCAGGCCAACGUCUGGAUCUUCCUGAAGAAGGGAAAACGAGCAAGCGGCAAAGUGUUGCUGCGGCUGCUGCAGUGUCACCGUGACAACAGAGGCGAUAAGACUGACGAAUGUGUUUCGGAGAAGAUGGUGGACACUCGGCGCAGCGGCUGGCACACGCUCGGCGUGUCCCGCAGCGUGCAGGAGCUUCUGGACGCAGGUGGAGGCUCGCUCCACCUGCGGGUGUCCUGCCCGCUGUGCGGCGACGCCGAGCCCGUCCUGGCCCAGUCCCACCGGGACCAGUCUCACCGGGACCAGACCCACCGGGACCAGUCUCACCGGGACCAGUCUCACCGGCCGUUCCUCAUGGCCGUGCUGCAAGCCGGCGAGGAGGCGACACCGCGGCGAGUCAAACGAGGUCUGGAGUGCGACGGGAAGAUCCGCGUCUGCUGCAAACGCCAGUUUUACGUCAACUUCAAAGACAUCGGCUGGAACGACUGGAUUAUUGCACCGUCCGGUUACCAUGCCAACUACUGCGAGGGGGAGUGUCCGAGCCACAUGGCGGGCUUCAGUGGCUCGGCGCUGUCCUUCCACUCCACCGUCAUCAACCACUACCGCAUGCGGGGCUACAGCCCGUUCCAGGGCGCCCGGUCCUGCUGCGUCCCCACGCGGCUGCGGGCCAUGUCCAUGCUGUACUACAACGAGGACCAGAGGAUCAUCAAGAAGGACAUCCAGGACAUGGUGGUGGACGAAUGCGGCUGCUCCUAGACUCCAGCUGGUGACACACGUCCUGCCUCUGCAGCGCGGCACGCCACAGUGACGGUUACGUAUGUGUAGUGCCGACUUAUCGUCCAUAUUGGAACGACCUGAGACCGUUGUAUUUCCUGUUUCCUGUUGCUAAGGACAACCUGAGAACACUAUGCAACAUCUCCAUCUCUCUGCUUUAGCUGUUGUAUUUCCUGUUUCCUGUUGCUAAGGACAACCUGUGGCCGAGAGUUAGAUUCAGAAAGCCAAAGAGAGUCGAUUGAGCCGUCCAUAAAUCAAAUAGCCGAGCUGUGAAGUUUAUUAGUCCAAAUUAUUUAACACUUGGUUUUAGCAGCUUUUGGUCACUGCUUAAUUGUG